CAACCAUCCAUGGAAAAGCCAGCAGUCAUCGGUCUGUGGUACUUCAGAUCAACACGUUUUCGCUUGCGAGCGGAAGAAAAACAACGAACUUCACAGAAACACUUCCCAAUGAACUGCGAAUCUCUUUGUGUUCGUAAAAAAACGGUUCGCCACGAACUGCUCAGGGAACGGUUCGCGACCGCUUACAAAUCUCGUCCUAAUCUAACGAACCGGUUGUUCGGGAACGGUUCACGAACAGUUCGGCUCGCAUAUGUCUAAGCACCUUAAGGCGACGCGCACGCUCAAAAUUGAACCAUUUGAUCAAUUUUGAGGGUACCUUGAGUUGAGCGUGAGCUUCGCGCCUUAGUAUGAAGCAAGCUUACUCACGUAUGUGUCCUCAAGUUGGCCACACACGUGGGAGUAACACUGGAGGUCGUACAAAGAGCUAAAAAAGAAGGCCUAUGUGUCAGUGGGUAAGCGUAAGUUCACCCUCUGUUCGCAAUCUAGACAAGUGGGCACUGGUUCGUGAUAAUGAAUAGUAUGAAGAAUGAAUUGCACCAUAAAAUGAAUUGUGAAAGUCUCACAUGGAACCACCAUUGAAACCAAACGAGGCAGACUGUUGUAACUCCGGUUGCAAUCCGUGCAUUUUUGACGUAUACGAAGAUCAAUUAAACAAGUACCUCAACAAACAACUAUACAUUUCCGACGCAAGAAAUUGCCUCUCGCAAACCGCUUACACCGCCUUCACACUUAAGGAAAUAAAACCGCAUGCGAAGAAUACGUUUAUUUACACAUUUCGGUACGGAAACACACCUGAUAACUGCAACCGUGUACUUUACAAACCCGGACAGCACCUGUUGAUGAAAGCCGACGACAAUGCAGUUCAGUUCACCAGAGCUUACACGCCAAUACCCGGCGAUGGUACUGAUCUGCUUUCCUUUACAGUUUUAGUGAAAUUGUACGAGAACGGAGCCAUGUCCGCUUUCUUUCGAAAUUUACGGAUGAACGACGAUGUACUGUGGCGCGGGCCUUACGGUGAUUAUGAAGUCGAUUACGGCCUAAGUCGUCUGCUGCUAAUUGCGCAAGGUACGGGAAUCGCUCCGCUCUACACAAUUGCGCAUGACAUUCUCCACAAUGAGAGCUGCGAGACGUUCGUGCACUUAUUCCUGUGCUCCAGAACGGAAGACGACAUUCCGCUAAGGGACGAACUAUAUCAGCUCGCGUCGUACUGGAACUUCACGUACGAAAUUUUUCUAUCGCAAGCCACUCGGGUGAGGUGCAAGUAUAACGAGACAGUACACGAUUUUCGACUCUCCUCCAAUGAAAUUGAAGCGUACUUUCUUAGAAUUUCGGAUGACAGGUUGCAGGUUUUAAUUUGUGGCAGCGACGCUUUUAACGUUGACGUUUCUCGGUUGGUCACCGAAUGCAAGACGGACGGCACCGAAAUCGUCGCGCUCUAAUCCUACGGUAACGGGCACGAGAUGUGCUGAAAAAACAUCGUUAAAUCGUCUCAAAUCCGCAGAUCGAUUGCUCACCUUCUCGCAGUUCGGGCAUUCGCCGUGUAACUCGUUGAAGGUCUGCCUGGUUUUCGCCGCGAUCGAAACCAGCCACUGAAAUAAGUCGUGUUAGUCAAACUUUUUGUGGGGAAAAAGGAAGCUGAAAAUAAAUGAUUAGGAUUUUUGAAAUUUUUAUUAAGAGAGGAUAGGGGGGGGGGGAGAAAGUUGGAAGCUGUCGGUUU